AGAGAGGUUGAAAAGGUACGUCUUCGCUUCACGCUUCAUCCGGGGUACACGGCUCCAUGGAGACGCAGAGAGUGAGUGAGUGAGUGAGCGAGCGAGCGAGCGAGUGCGGUGUGUGUGUGUUGUGAGGAGCACAAACCAAAGUAAAGUGAGCGGAGCAGACUCGGCAGAGAGCAGGAGAGCGGUGUCGUCUAACAAUGAGUGUUUCGCGGUGUUGAACGAUGAGCCAACUUCGCCGGUCGCCUCGAAGCGGAGCGAGACACUCUUGAGCCCCGAAAACGAGAGCUUCCUGGCGGCGGAGGAGAAGGGGGAGAGAGCGAGUAUGAAGAAGCCGAGCGCCCCGCUGCCUGUUAUGGGCUUAACUGGGAAAUGGUAGCGUACUGUGGGGACCGCACUUGGAAGGAACAUGGUCGAGAGGAGCAGCAAAUUCUUGUUGAUCGUCGUCGGAUCCGUGUGUUUCAUGCUGAUUCUCUAUCAGUACGUGGCCCCCGGGGUGAUCAAUUUCGGCUCCCCGCACGGUUACUUCGCGGAGGAGGACGAGGGGGACAUCUUCCCCACUCCGGACCCCCAUUACGUUAAGAAAUACUUCUUCCCCGUCAGGGACCUGGAGAGGACGAUCGAUUUCCAAAUCAAAGGAGAGGACGUGAUCGUGUUUUUGCACAUCCAGAAGACCGGCGGGACUACCUUCGGCAGGCACCUGGUCCAGAAUGUUCGCCUGGAGGUUCCGUGCGAUUGCAGACCGGGCCAGAAGAAGUGUACCUGCUACCGGCCCAACCGCAAAGAGACCUGGCUCUUCUCCCGGUUCUCCACGGGCUGGAGCUGCGGCUUGCACGCCGACUGGACCGAGCUGACCAACUGUGUUCCGGGGGUCCUCAACAAGAAGGAGAGCAAGCAGAAAAACCUAAGGAAGUUCUACUACAUCACUCUGCUGAGGGACCCCGUGUCGCGUUACCUGAGCGAGUGGAGGCAUGUUCAGCGAGGAGCCACGUGGAAAACCUCCCUCCACAUGUGCGACGGACGCACCCCGACGCCGGAGGAGCUGCCCUCCUGCUACGAGGGCUCCGACUGGUCCGGGUGCACGCUGCAGCAGUUCAUGGACUGUCCCUACAACCUGGCCAACAACAGACAGGUGCGUAUGCUGGCGGACCUGAGCCUCGUCGGCUGCUACAACAUGUCCACGGUGCCGGAGAAGAAGAGGGCGCAGCUCCUCCUGGAGUCGGCCAAGAAGAACCUGCGAGACAUGGCCUUCUUCGGUCUGACGGAGUACCAGCGGAAAACCCAGUUCCUGUUCGAGCGGACGUUCAGGUUGCGCUUCAUCAGGCCCUUCAUGCAAUACAACAGCACCCGGGCGUCAGGGGUGGAUCUGGAUAAUACCACGGUCCAGCGCAUCGAGGAGUUAAACGAGCUCGACAUGGAGCUGUACGACUACGCCCGCGACCUGUUCCAGCAGCGCUACCAGUACACGCGGCAGCAGGAGCGGCGGCAGCAGCGCAUCAAGCACCACAUGCAGCAGCAGCAGCAGAGCCACCAGGGCCUGGGCCUGGGCGUCAGCCUGUGGCCCUCCCGCAACCGGCAGAGCUCCGUGCCGACGCUGGAGGACGGCGAAAUGGAGCGCGAGGAGCGGGAGGAGGGGGGCGAGGAGGCGGGGGGCCGGACGGAAGAGGCGGGCAGCCGGCUCCCCACCGAGGACUACAUGAACCAGAUCAUCAACCGCUGGUAGCAGCCGAAUGAGAGCGAACACGCAGACACAUGGUGCAUAAUGUAACAGGAGCGGCCCACACACACACACACACACACACACACACACACACACACACACACACACACACACACAGACAGAUAGAAGGUGGCACCUGCAUCAAAGACCCAAAUAAAAGACUUAACCAGAGAGUUGGGCUGCGGGAAUGAGAGUCCAAGUGGUUGCUAUGGAGACCAGGGCUUGGUCGAUUGCAUCAGCUCAUGCUAUUGAGGUUUGCCCAGUUGUUAAUAGCAACCGCUUAC